CCACCCAAUCUGCAACCUCACCUUCCCCGUCUCCACUCUUCUCCUUGUCCAGCUCGAUUCCGUCGCGGUUCACCUCGUCUCCAACUCCGACAGGCGCCAGCGCGUUCCUCUGCUCGUUCCGCCGCCGGGACACCUCGGGCGGCUGCCCGACCUCGCCUCAGUGGUGGAUCCGCCCCCGCGCUCCUCAAGGUGAAAGAAGCCUCUACUUUCUGCAGUUUCGAUGACCCAGGAUGUGAGGAUGUGUAUGGCCGGUCAUGCAAUGCUUGCCGUGUGUGCAUGGAUGUUUGAGGUGUUCCUUUCCGUUGCAAGAUCACAGGACUGACGUGCCUAAGUUUUGCUGCUCUUCUUGUAGCAAUGGAAAGGGUUGCUCUUAGAACUAGAGCAGUGGAGGAAUUAAGGCGUCUAAGUACAGUUGCUGAACAUGACAACAGACCAGCAGAGCAGCAGUACUGUGAUCAUUUCUCCAUAAGGGAGUAUGUUGCUCAGCUUCAGAAGAAGGAUCCAAUACUUUAUUCUCUAUCUCAGAUUUUUCGUGAACAGCGACAACACGAUGACCACAACAACUUGUCCCCACUUUCAGUGGCAAAGUUUCGACGAUGGAAUUGCUCAAAUUGCUUGGAUAAAGUGGAAAAUUCAGAUCACAGAACUACAUCUAGAACUGUUUCUAUGACGCAGGAUGGCACUAAUGAUGGUUGCUCCAUCUCAUUUGUUCGGACAAUAAUGCCUACUAGUGUUGAUUCCAGAAGGCUGUUUCCUUGCACACAACAAUCAUCUCAAGGGAAUAAUGCUGGUGCAUCAACUUUUUCGAAGAGUGCCCAAGAAUGCAAUUCAAAAUGCAACUCUCCUUCUGGCAGCAAAGGAGUACUUACUGAGGUGAAUGUUGAUCCAGCCACAAAAGAGUUACAGGGGUCGCCCAAUAAUCUUGAUGUGAUGGCAAAUAUCUCUAAUGAUAUUUCCGUGGAUGUUGCUGAUUUUCCUGAUGUUCCUCAGAUGAUAUCGAGCAAAGCAGGAAUUGGCACAAAAGAGUUACAGGUGUCGCCUGAUAAUCUUGAUGUGAUGGCAAAUAUCUCGAAUGAUGUCUCUGUGGAUGUUACUGAUGUACCUGAUGUUCCUCGGAUGAUAUCAAGCAAAGCAGGAAAUGGCACACAAAGUCCGUGCAGUCCAAAACCUUGUGAAGUGCCAAACGAAGAUGAAGAUGAAAUAACUCAAGAUGUUCAGAAUGAAUGCAAUGCUUGCACUGUUCCUAAACUAAUAUAUGGGCACAAAGGCCCUAAAUCAAUAUAUGGGCACAAAGCCAGUCAAGUCCGCAACAGGGGUCCACGCCAAGCAGCUUCAAAAAGAAAUGCUGGAUCUAAUAGUAAGAAGAAAAAGAACAAACCCGUUGACAUGGCUGCCAUUUCAGAUCUCAAAUUUUGUCAGAGAAAGCCAAAAAAGACUCGGCUAUUAUCAGAAUUGAUAGAUACUGACAAGGUAAGGGGUUCUGCAAACGCCAUUGAAGUUCGUCAUGCAAGCAUUGUUGUUCUCUGUGAGAAUGAUAAAGGCAAAAUGUUAUUGGAGGUAGGAAAUGAUAAUGACACUUCUGUUAGCAGCAAGAAAGUGGAAGAAAUUCAAUCAGGAACUAUCCAGAACAAGACACACCUCAGAGUAGAUAAUGUAGACGAUGGGUCUUCUCUCAUGAACUGGCUGAAAAAAACUCAUAAGAAAGUAAGGACUGAGAAAAAAGACUCAGGACACAAGAAUGUUCAUUCUUCUGUUAUUUCAAACUCUACUCCAGAUAUACCUGCUUCUAAAGAUAUGCAUCAUGAUUUUCUACCCUCAGUGGGAGAUAUGAACCAGAAAGAAGUGCUAUCUAUCUCCAACGCCAAGCAUGGGAAUGAAAACAUACAGAAUUAUAAUCUAGAGAGAAAUAUGCAGAAGGCAGAUGACCUUUCCCAAACCCAAAAUGUGCCCGGGAACUCUAAACAGAAAUUAUUGUCAAAGGGAAAAUCAACGAUUUUGAUAAAGCGGAAAGUUCUGCCUACCGCCAGUGCCCAACAUGGUGGUGAAAACGCUGAGAACAGUACUGUAAAGAGAAAUAUGCUCAAGGCAGAUGAUCUAUGUCACAUGGCGUCUGAAAACACUGUGCAAAGAUGUCUGACAAAGGUUUCACUGGGUAAGCGUGAUAUCCAUAAUGUGCCUGGCCUUCAUCAUCAGAAAAUGCCCAAGAAUAAGAAGAAACGGAAGCUAGAGAUUCAUGAGAAACAGACUGCGAUGGAUGACAUCCCCAUGGACAUUGUUGAACUUCUCGCCAGAAAUCAGCGUGAGAGACAACUUAUGACUGGCACCGAUUCUUUGGAAAACAAUCAUACCCGACCCAAAGUAACUGCAGAUGAUUGUGCCCAAAUAGCUGCCAAGCAUGGUUCAAUCGACACAUCUACGGUGUUUGACACUAAUUUACAGAAGUCAUUGGCAUCAGAAAGGAAGAAGUCAUUACAGGGCCAUGCAUCAUCAAGCACAGAGGCUGCCAGUGUGCAUCCUUUGGAGGAGUUACAUACACAGAAGUCAUUACAAGGUCAUGCAAUAUCCAGCGCAGAGGCUCCCAAUGGGCACCCUUCGAAGUUACAGAUGCAAAAAUCAUUACAGGUUCACGCAGCAUCCAUCACAGAGGCUGUUAAUGUGUAUCCUCCAAAGCUACAUAUUCCAGAUCUUUUGAAGUGCACCCAGGAACAACAGACACAUUUAAGCAUGGACGAAGAUGUCACUAUUGCUUGUACCUCACCAGCAUUUUCACAUCAUCAACAUAUUGCUGAAGUACCUGUUCAGAGCUGGAGCAAUAAAGGAACAAAGAAGCUAAUGUGGGAUUCUUUCAAGGCAGCUUCAAGGAAUUCACCAACGUCAACAUAUGGUUCUCAAUUCAGACAUUGCAUUCGAGAAGUUGAUUCAGCUUCCACUUAUGUGCUUGGAGCUUCUAAUAGUUAUCCAACUCACCAGCCAGUAAUUGCGGCCAUAGACCACUACACAAACAAAGCAGUUAACCAGGUCCAGCCAAGAAGUUUUCCAAGUACAGUAUCAACCAUGGGAGCUGAUAAGCUGUAUGAUCAAAGGAUUGUUGGACAAUCAGGCCUGUAUCCAAACGAAGCCAUGCCUGCAACACAUCUUCUGAGACUGAUGGAUUCAUCAACCGCAUCAGGCUUCACAAACUAUGAAAUGCCUCACAGGAACCAGAUGGAAUUUCAGACUCUCGGUUCACAAUACGUGCAUAAUCAGUACAAAGCAUCACCCAACACAUCAUAUGGAAGUCACCUAAUUGAAAAGGCUCCAUUGACACUGCAAGACUUGUCACGGCAUCAGGUUCACCAAAAUUUGCACAGACCUUUACGCCCUCAUCCUAGAGUUGGUGUGCUUGGUUCCUUGCUGCAGCAGGACAUUGCAAACUGGUCUGAGAGCUGUGGGACACAGUCUGGAUAUAGACUGGGUGUGUCUAAAGGGAUAACAUCAUUUGAUAUGAAUAGAAAAGAAAAUUAUGAGGCCUUGAACUCAGGAAUGUUUUCAGCAAGAUGGAAUGCCCUGCAGUUGGGUUCUGUUAGUUCUGCUGCAAAUCCAGAAUAUUCGUUACCAAGAUAUGGUGUAGCUCAAUCUUGGACCAGGGGCGAUGGGAAAAUGGUUCAUCCCUUGGAUAAGCUUGUCAGAAAGGAUAUCUGCGUGACUAAUAGAAAUCCAGCUGAUUUUACUGUAAUUAGUGACAACAACGAGUAUAUGAUAAACCUUUGAGGCACAGAGUGUGCAUAGUUCUAAAACAUUUAGAUUCACAAACUUCACCUUGUCAAUGCUAAGCGAUCAUCAUUGGACAUUGGUAGAGGAAGGCUUUACUGAAUCUUUUGCAAGGACCAACAGCUACCAUGGUCAGGUGCAGCCUCCAGUUUAUGUUUGUGAUGUAACAGGCGAAGAACUGAUCUCCAGUAACUGUGGCAAACCCCAAUAAACUUACUUUGCUUUGUACAAGAGAAAAAAUGUAGGCAUGUGGCCAUAGAAUGGUUUGCUUGUUUUGUAAUUACCAUAGGGGUUGUACAAUGUUGUUGUUGUGGUUGUACAAUGUAUUUUUAUGGUCGAUUAACUAGUUCUGGUUGUGAGUUUUAUAAAACAUCAUAUUACUUUGGUUUA